GGCAUGUAGCAAAAAUUAUCUUGAUUCGUUAGAUACAACAAGAGAUAUUCACGAUCAAAAACUUAUCACUCUCUCAGAGGGUAAAUUUUGAAAAGGCACCCCAUAGUAAAGUAAGUCGUAUUCACGACAAAAAUUCCAAUAAUCCAUGAGUAGUAGAGAAACUAUUAUUUUGAAAAUAAAGAACACUCUUUUGUACUCGCGAUUUCAAAAAAAUAAAACCCAAAAGGAUCAGCUCCAGAAAAUUCCUUCAAUACUCAAACGUUGAAAACAAGUGCAAAAUCAUUUUGCACUGAAUCAUUAACCCCUUCGAUUUUCGAAGCCAAGGUUCCCGAUAUGUAAAAACAAUCUCGCACAGGUCAGACGGGAAUCGCCCGUGGUCCGAUUCGCGUAAACAAAAAUCACAAUGCAAAAGCAUGGUACUUUAUCUUGUUUACUGCUAGCAUGCCGCAGCAAUCAGCCGGCUCUAGGUCUGGGUAGACCCCGUACUUGGACUUUGCAUCACCCAAACAACAACGAGAGUGAGAGCGCAAAAGAGUGUUAAUCGGUGAAAGUGAACCGUGGUGAAUCAUCAAUGAACUCAGAAAAUAAUCCUAGUGGACAAUAAAGUGACGGAACAAUGAAGAAAGUGUCGGAAAUUAGCGCAUUCCCCGAGGGAGCGGAUGAUAGUUGCAGCCAGGAACGCCGCGAGGGGGUUGAGAAACUUCUGAAACUAUCGGAAAAUGACGCCCAGCUCACGGUUGAUAGUAUCGAAUGUUUGCCCGGAAGCCAGCAAGGCGAUAACUACAUGUCCAUCAUCAAACGCAUUCUUGUGCGUGGGAAAAGACGGAAGUGGAACGGAAAAUGCAAAGAUUUUUUUGUGUCGCUGAUCUACAAACGACAGAUUACAAGUCUCCAACGGCGGAAGCUGUUCCGAGCGGAUGAAGCAUUUGCCAAUGAAAUUAAUGCCUACACGCAGCUGGUGCCAGUGUUGAGAAAAUUCUCCCGUGACCGGCUUCCGUUUCCGUCAUGCAUUUACGCUGGAACCGACACCGAUGGGGACCUGAUCGUACUGCAGGACUUAUGGCGCAGCGGAUACCGCAUGGAAGAUCGACGAAAGAGCCUUAGCUACCGGCAGUGUCGGACGGUUGUGAGGGAACUCGCAAACUUCCAUGCCGUUUCGCUAGCGAUGAAACAAGUUCAACCGGUUCUGUUCCACACGAUGAAGGAGAAGGUGACCGAAAUUGUGUACAAUGAUGAAGCUGCCGAGUUCUACAAACAUUCCCUAGAGACGUCUCUGCGAGGGACACUAGAUAGCUUACACUACAGUAACAAAAAUGGUAACCUGGACGUCCCGAUUAAAGCCAUCGAGCGGUUGAGUGGUCGCCUCUACAGCAUAAUGUCCAGCAUGGUACGCAACAGUCACGAACCUUGGAACGUGCUCUGCCACGGAGAUACCUGGGUCAACAACCUGAUGUUCAAUGGAAGCCAUGAACACGUGAAAUUGAUUGAUUUACAGACGAUGCGAUACACCUCUCCGGUCAUUGACAUAAUUCAUCUUCUCUACACCAGUGCCGGUUUCGAUUUGCGGGUUAACUUUACCGAUGAGCUGAUACGAAGCUACCAGGAAUCUUUGAUAGAUGCUCUACGACUGUAUGUGCCUGAUCAAAAACGAUUCGUCCUGCCCGCACUGGAAGCCAUGUUCAGUUAUGAGAACAUUCGCGCCGAGUACGACUCUCGAAUUCUGUACGGACUAGGUAUUGCUAUGUGGCUGCUGCCCGCGGUCACUUUCCAUCCGGAUCACAUUCCUGACCUUGACACAGUCACGAUGAACGAUUUCAAAACCAAGAACCACGAAAAAACUAUUGCCCAAAUGCUGUCACCCGAUUACCACACCCGGAUGAGGGAUACCGUACUCGAGUUCUACGAGAAUGGAUUUCUGGAUGAUUUGUAAAUUUUUGUUUUGUUUUUUGUUAGACACAAACAGCUGAUAGAAGUAUUAACAUCAGGAAUUAAUUUCUCGAUUAUCAUUCCAAAAUUCUUUUAAAUAACCAAUAGUUAAAAAAUAACCGUCUCAACAAUUUUCUUUUGAGUGAUAAGUUAUGUGUAGAAAGAUAUUUCAGCCCUGCACUGUUGGCUGCACUCAACGGCUAGUCAAUAUUGGUACCACGUACGUUCGUUCAACCAAAAUAGUUAAAAUAUACUACUAAAAUAAUAAUCGUAGUAAGAAAUCUCAACCAACACAAGACAAAAAUGCAAACAAUCUCUAAUCAAUAAAACCAAACAAACUUAAACGCCUUCUGAUUAUGCAAUAAUGAUCUGGCAUUAAAAUACUAGUUACUAGCUUUAUAAAUCAUCGUUAUCACAACAAGAAGCCGCUAGGAUUUCGUUGACCAAGCAAUAAACAUAAAACGAUCCACAAUGCCUUACAUAAUUUUUACAAGACGGUACCACUCCUACGAGAAAGAUUAGCCGGUUGGCAUGAGGCAUGUUCCGAACGGGAAAAUGUAUUCUAAAUAAAUAUGAAAGGCACAAACAAUAGAGAUACUAAAUUUGGAAUCGAGAACUUGGAAUGCAGCAGACGUAAGCUGACUUUCUUGUCAUCGUAGUAUAUGCUGAAGCCAUAUUAUAAUAGAAGAAUGCAUUGCCUAUUAAAUAUUAAAGUUAUGAGUAAGGAAACACUUAUCAGAACGCGAGUGUUUAGUGUCUCAGUAACUUAUCAGACAUUCAGAGUUCGAGAAUAUCGUUGCAAUCUAAUCUACUAUCUAAAAUUUGAAGAAGCAAAAGAAUCGCAGUUUUUUUAGUUGCUAAUCGUUCUAUUAUUGCCAUUAUAGCUGAGAACUUGGCGUUGUUUAUGUUAGUCAGUUAACUUGUCAAAUCGUUCCACAAAAAUAAACAAAAUAUGUAUUGACAAACAAAAUUAUUCAAACUCAUAUACGUACUAGCUAAAAGCAUGUGAAUUAAAUAUUAUCUACUAAACUA